AUGGCUUUUAACAGGUAUGAUGCAGAGGCUAUUUACCGGAUCCCUCUGAGUAGGCGAUGUGUUCCAGACAAGCUGUUCUGGCUGUAUAACAAAAAUGGGAGGUACUCAGUGAGAUCCGGCUAUCAUACAGCAAGGUAUUUGUGGAAUGAGUUAAAGCAGGAAGGUGAGGGGUCCAAUCCAAGGUCUAGCAGCGAAAUUUGGGCGAGAAUCUGGAAGUUUCGCCUACCAAAUAAGAUAAAAGUCUUUAUGUGGCGAGCUUGUCAUAAUAUUUUACCAACGCUUGAAAGGCUUAGGCAGCAAAGGAUUAUUGAAAAUGCACUGUGCCCCAUAUGCAUGCAAGCCCCUGAAACAAUAAUUCACGCAUUGUGGGAAUGUGGAGUAGCCCAAGACGUGUGGGCUGGUUGCUCUCACCGUGUUUUGCAGAAAGGGCUGACUGCCCAGGUCUCUGUAUUUCGGCUAGUUGAGGAGCUAAUGCAAAAGCUGCCUGAGGAUGCUCUUGAAUUUUUUCUGGAGCCGGGUACAUUGAAUGAGUGGGCACGCAACUUGUUGGCAGAGUAUAAGGAUGCUCAGGCUCUGCUUGCACUCCCUGCCCCUGCUGGCUCAUCACUGUUGUGGCGGCCACUUGAUGGUUCAACGUAUAAGUUGAACUUUGAUGCGGCGGUCUUCUUAGAUUCUUCAGCUUCAGGCGUGGGCGUGAUGAUCAAAAAUGCUAGCGGUCAAGUGAUGGCAACCUUGUCGUCAAGGGGUCUCACCGUCAUGGACAGUGAAGAGGCUGAGGUCUUGGCUUGCUGUCGAGCUUUGGAGUUUGCGAUUGAAGUUGGGUUCUCAGACUUAAUUGUGGAAGGAGACAAUUCAAAUGUUAUGAGGUCCAUUGUGUCAACUUAA